UGCCGCUUUCAUCUAAAUACAAAGAAAUGUGCAUAGGCAACAUUCUGCCGGAUCAAGGACUUUUCUGCUGGUCACUGUAACCAUGAAGUUCAGUCCGUUUGUCACCUCAGACCGCAGCAAGAACCGCAAGAGGCACUUUAAUGCCCCCUCCCAUGUGCGCAGAAAGAUCAUGUCUUCUCCCCUCUCUAAGGAGCUAAGGCAAAAAUACAGCGUCCGCUCCAUGCCUAUCCGCAAAGAUGAUGAAGUGCAGGUGGUUCGUGGACAUUACAAAGGCCAGCAGAUUGGCAAAGUAGUACAAGUGUACAGAAAGAAAUACGUCAUCUACAUUGAACGCGUGCAGCGUGAAAAGGCAAAUGGCACUACUGUUCAUGUCGGAAUUCACCCUAGCAAGGUGGUGAUCACAAGACUAAAACUUGACAAAGAUCGCAAGAAGAUCUUGGAGCGCAAGGCCAAGUCUCGCCAAGUUGGCAAAGAGAAGGGCAAAUACAAGGAAGAAACCAUAGAAAAGAUGCAAGAGUAAUAUGUCAAUAAAUAUACUGUUUGGUUUCUACAA